UUGUCUUUGUCUGAUAUAUCCCCGUCGAGGGGGCGAAGCAACCCGUUCAAGAACAAAGAUCCUCGCAGGCUUCGUGUAUGGUGUUUUCAGCCUCUAGCCGAUCGACUUCUCGAGCUUCACUUGACCAUGGCGUCGCACUCCAAGGACAGCUGCAGCGUCCACACGUACGAUCCGUACAAACUGCCGGACUCCAAGCCCGUCUUCUCACACGUCACCACCACCAAUGGGUCCUGCCGCAUCGUCACCACGGCAGGGCUGGUCGGGAUGGACGAGCACGGCGACGUGCCCGAAGACAUUGACGAGCAGAUUGCUCUGGCCAUGAGGAAUCUCCGCGGGGCGCUCCAAACCGCCGGCGCGACGGUCACCGACGUCUUCAAGCUGGUCUACUAUAUCGUGGACUACGACGCCAAAAAUCGGCGGCACGCGAAGCACAUCAAGGCCUUUGUGGAUGGCCACCGCCCGGCGACGACUAUGGUGCCGGUGCCUUCGCUCGCGGACCCACGGCACAAGUUCGAGAUCGAGGCGUACGGGGCGAUCCGGCAGGAGCCGCUGCGGAUGGUCGACGUGGUCGUCGUCGGCGGCGGGCUCAGCGGCUUAAAGGCCGCCUACGACAUUCAGCAGGCCGGGCUAUCGUGCGUGGUCGUCGAGGCCCGCGACCGCGUCGGGGGUAAGACGUGGUCGGUCGGACCGGCCGAAGACGGCAGCUACGUCGACGUGGGCGCCGCGUGGAUCAACGACACCAACCAGAGCGAAAUCUACGCGCUGGCCAAGUCCCUCGGCCUGGAGCUCGUGGUCCAGCGAACCGAGGGCAAGGUGAUCCAGGAGGACCUCUCCGGUGGACUGAGCCUGUUUCCCUACGGCGGCACCCCGACCGGGCUGGCCGAGGCGAACGGGGCCGAGAAUCUGGUUUACAUCCGCGAGCUGGCCGAGAAGGUGUGCCAGCAGCUGAAUAUCCACGACCCCGUGGGCACCGGCGCUCCCCUGGACAAGAUGACCAUGGAGGAGUGGUGUCGGUCGAGCAUCCAGUCCGAGACGGCGCUGGCGUCGGUCAAGAUGUGGGUUCGACAAAUGCUCGGGCUGGAGCCGUGCGAGAUCAGCGCCCUGUAUUUCCUGAACUAUUGCAAGAGCGGCGGCGGGCUGUUGCGGAUGCGCUCCGAUUUCAAGGAUGGAGGCCAGUACCUCCGGUUCGUCAGGGGGACGCAAUCAAUGUCGAUCGAAUUGGCUAAGCGCCUGAGCCCCGGCUCUGUCGUGCUCAGCUCGCCGGUUCGACGCAUCUCCCAGAGUCCAGCCGGGAUCCUAGUGUCAGCGGCGCGAGGCGACUUCCGCUGCCAGCGCGUGGUGGUGUCGGUGCCGACGCCCCUGUACAAGGAGAUCACCUUCGAGCCGCCGCUGCCGCCGGCGAAGCUGGAGCUGAGCGACAAGAACGUGCUGGGCGACACGAUCAAGGUGAUCGUCAAGUACGCGGCGCCGUGGUGGCGCAAGGCGGACCUGGCCGGCAUGGUCAUCUCGUUCCACGGCCCGAUGGUCAGCUGCCGGGACACCAGCAACGACGCGGCCGGCACGUACUCGCUGACCUGCUUCACCACGGGCGAGAUCGGGCGCCAGAUGGCGCGCCGCCCGCAGCGGGAGCGGUUCGACGCCAUCCUCGCGCACUUGCGACGCGCCUUUUCGCCCUACGUCGGCGUCGUCCCCGAGCCUGUCGCCGUCACGGAGCACAUCUGGGCCAAGGACCAGUGGGCCCAGGGCUGUCCGUGUCCGGCCUCGCCCCCGGGCAUCAUGACCCUGUACGAGCACGCGCUGAGGUCGACGCACGGCAAGAUUCACUUUGUCGGCACCGAGACCGCGUACGAGUGGAAGGGAUACAUGGACGGCGCGGUCCGAUCGGGGGACAGAGGCGCGAAGGAGGUGAUUGAGGCGAUCGGCAGGGCCAAGUUGUAG